GGCAGUUCUUUUGUCGUGACCUUAUAGUGAUUCCGCUAACCGGAAAUCGCAGUCUCUUGUGUGUUGCACGUGGAACGCGUGGACGUGUUGGUUCAGCGCUGAUCAGUUUUGUUCAACAUAAAUUGGUUAUCUCGACCAAUACGAAUACUCAAUCAUGGCAACGACGGGCAAAGUCGAUAAUCCUGAGAAACCAGGGCAGGAAGUGACUCCGAUUCAUCGAAUCAGGAUCACGCUUACGUGCCGCAACGUUCGUUCUCUCGAGAAAGUUUGCGCGGAACUGAUCAAUGCAGCGAAGAAGCAAAAGCUGAAGGUGAAGGGACCUAUUCGCAUGCCCACGAAGAUUCUGAGAAUAACGACCCGCAAAACGCCCUGCGGUGAAGGUUCAAAGACCUGGGAUCGCUUCCAGAUGCGCAUUCACAAGAGAGUCAUUGAUCUGUACUCUCCAUCAGAAAUUGUCAAGCAGAUCACGAGCAUUUCUAUUGAGCCUGGUGUAGAGGUAGAAGUGACAAUUGCCAAUGAUUAAACAAUGUCAUUGAAGCUGUACAAAGUUUUAAUAAAAAUGUGAAGAAAUUCGA